AUGAUUUUACAACACACUCAAAAAUUCACACCCCAAUUCCUUAAACUCUCCGACCUCGUAUCCUCUGAAAGAAUCUAUGUUGUUCUUUUCACUUUAACGUCCUUAAUCUUCUCGACGAUCUUCUCUCUCCUCUCCACCUCUGCUGUCGUCUAUACCGUCGCUUGUAUCUACACGGCACGUGAUGUUUCUUUCGAUAUCGUGAUCCGGGUCCUCCCGAAAGUUUGGAGGAAGCUUCUUGUUACAUUCUUGUGUGUUUUUGCAGCCUUUUUGGCCUUCAAUUUUGUUGCUUUUGGUGUGAUGUUUUUGAUACCUGUGAUAGCAAUCAUAAUCUAUGGCCCAAAUGACCAUCACUUCUUAGCCGGCAUUGGAACCAUUUUUUUCUUCUUUACCAUCUUUUAUUUAGCUGCCAUUUGGUACUUAACCAUAAUUUGGCAACUUUCGAGCGUCGUGUCGGUUUUGGAAGCGUCGUGUGGGUUCAAAGCCAUGGCGAAAAGCAAGGGUUUGCUUAAGGGGAAGAUGAAGAUGGUGGUGAAGUUAACAAUGUUGCUGAAUUUGCCAUUGGGAGUGGCUCAGUUGGUGUUUUACUACUUCGUUGUUCGGUCAGCGUCGGUCGGGGCAGCGGGCAGGGGUAUUUUGGGGAUUUGUUGGGUGGUGUUGUUUAUGGUGUUGUUCUUGGUGAAGCUUGUGGUGGAAACUAUGGUGUAUUUUGUGUGCAAAUCGUUUCAUUGUGAGAGUGUUGAUAAGGUGGCGCUGUCGGAGCAUCUUCAAGGCUAUCUGUCGGAUCACUAUGUCCAGUUGAAGGUGGUUGAUGACUAUGUGCAGCUUGCGAAAUUGCAAGCUGUUUGA